UUGGUGCUGCGCAUAUAUUUGACCGACCCUGACGUCGCCAACCUGUUUCGCUCCCUCGAAGGCAACCGCAGCAUCGCAGUCUUCGAGGUCCGUUGCGUGACCUUCAGGAAAAGGACUGCCAUGGCGCUGGGGCGAUUGGUCGAGCGGAACCGAUCGAUAGCUAUGUACACGAUUGACCUGCGUGAGAGCGACGUCGACCGUGUGACCCAGGUUCGCAACAUCUGCCGCGAGCUCAAGGAGGCCAUUCCCCGAAACCGCUUUGCCAUUGCCUUCAGCGUGCUGACAGAGGAACGUGAAUGUUCAAGCGAUCCCGCCAUCAGAGACGCUCUCAGGCAUAACGUGAUGCUCGUCAACCAAGCCGUCCGGUUCGUCAACGGCUCCAUGGAAAAAACAGACGCACUGGCCUUCGAGACUUUGCACAGCUGCAUGUCGGUGCAAUCAUCACUGCGCGUUAACUUCAAUAUAUCCGAAGAGUCUGCGCACGAGAAGGUCGUCGAGGCACGCAAGCGGCUCACUUUCAACUACUUCAUCAUCGCGGGUGUCGUCAAAGACAAGAUAGUGUGCCGUCCACAUCGCAAGAGAAACACUACGUUCGACAAGCUCGGCAACGACAUGCAGGCGCGCAUCUGCUCCUACCUCAGCUUGACUGAUGUCAUGGACAUCUGAAAGGAUAAUUUUUUUUUUUUUGGGGGGGGGGGGAGGGUGCGUGCUCCUGACAAUGACGUCAUCGUGCGUCAGCACAAAAAUGGUUCUUCAUGUGAACGCCACAUUACGAACGCAGUUGUGCAACCUAACCUCAACCUCCCAUAACUUCUUCACAUUUAUUAAGUACCAGUGACAUCAUGUAGCUUUAUCUUUUAGUUAUUUGGAAAAAUAUUUUCUACCCGUUUAUUUCGAUGCAUCCUCUCUGCAAAAUCUCCGCGUGAUUCAUUUCCUGCACCGCAUUUAACUUUCUUGAGUCCCACUUGUGAAUUCUACGGGCAACAUCUGUUAUUGCACGAGGACACGUUUGUUUUCCAUCGCAAUUCGGCCCAAGUCAUACGCUCAGUACGGAGUAUGCAUUUUUAAGUUUAUGCAUACUAUCGAAAUAAUAUGGAACUUCUUUCUAUUGGCCAAUCUCCUGGUACUUUUUUUAUGUGUCACAGAUUUUAUUUUUUUAGCCCCACGCCGACAGCUGCAUAACAUCUAUGUGCAUGUUAGGACUCGGCCUAUUAACCCAGUGGUAAUGUUUUUAAAGGAUGCAGCAAACACGCGACUGAGUUCUUUUAUGUGUCACUCAACUGCUUAUAACUCCAUUGCUGUGCUCUAGUAUCUACUCUGGAAUGGAAUGCUGAUGGCAUGUAUUUCAACGCUUGUUUGUUGGAGUGCCUUCUGUUUGAUACAACGUAGGUGGAUGUGCGGUUCACUGAUGCCAAUGCCAAUUUUUAUGAAAGCAAAAUCAAAGUACUCCACUUUUCUCUUGUGAACAAGGUAGAAGAUCAUGUUUUAGACAAUGCAUUGAGAAUACAGAUUCUCUCGAAUACUUUGGAACUUCUAUAAAGCACACGAUGCAAUAAAACUCAUGCAUUGAUAAUGUGUCGCAUUUACAAGAAAAUGGGUCGAGCACGAAUAUAGGUCGACCCCUAUAUGUUGUGC